UCACCUAGCAACGCUAUAUCUAUAAUGGCGAAACAGGUGGAAAACUCGUGUGAAUGUCUUUUACAAGCAAUAUCACGAUAUUUGAGCUGUUUGAAGGAUGAAGAUAAAAUUGUGCGUAAGCGAUCUAUGGAAAGUAUUAAGAGAGAAAUCAGUGGGAAGUGGAAAACUCUGCCUGUCGAAGAGUAUGACAAACUUGUGUCAGUUCUUUUUAAGCCUUUUCUUAAAUGUGUUUGUGAUCCAGUUGAACGAGUUCGUGAAUUAAGUGCAGAGGCACUCUAUCAUUUUGUAGAAAACUCUUCAGAUCCAGAGGAAAUUUCUUCCUACCUUGUACCAACUUUUGUCCAGAGACUCGGUACACAGGAACUUGUAGAAAUUUCUGAAGAAGUUAGGUUAUUAGAAGUGCAAAUUUUAACACUUUUGGUAUCAAAACUUCAGGUCAAGAUGGCGUGUUACUUGAACGAUAUGAUUAAAAUUCUGGUUCAAACGAUCGAAGACCCGUAUCCCGAAGUAAAGAAAGCAAGCUGUACCUGUGCGUCUCAGUUGGCUCGAGUAAUACCAGCGCAUUUUCAUAUGCAAUCAGAGUCAUUAAUUAAACCAUUACUACGCACAGUUAGUCACCAGCAUGCUAAAGUUCGAGCAGUCUGUGUCAAAGCAAUUGGUGAUGUUGUUCAGUAUGGAAACAACAGCUCUGUCAAGGAUGUGGUUUCUCAUUUGGCACAGCGUCUGUUUGAUCAGGCUCCUAUUGUGCGACAGGCAGUAGUUUCUGUAGCUGGUCGUUGGUUAUCAGAACUUCCUGACCGCUAUUCCUUCUUUUCGAAGCUUAUUCCUUUAGUCAUGACUGGUCUAAUUGAUGAGCUACCAGAUAUCAGAGAAAAUACAGAAAAACAAUGGAAAUGUGCAGGACAAAAGUAUCUGGAUGAAAAUGAAAAAGAUGUCAAAGACCAGCUGGAUUUUGUAAAGUCAGAUCCUGAUCACUACCCCUCUGGAGCUGUACGGCCCACUUUUGGCUGCCGUUUUUUGGUGAAGCGGCAUUUGUACUACAUUCUUCCAGCCCUUCUUCGUGACCUUGAUGAUUGGGUGGCGGCUACUCGAAUUAAGUCUGCAAAUCUCCUUUAUGUGUUGUUGCUCCAUUCUGAAGAGACUGUGACGAGCCACUUGGAAAAAUUAUUUCCAGCUCUAAAGCAUGCUGCAUCUGAUGAAGAGAAUGAAGUUGUAGAUAAGGUUCAGAAGAGUGCUGAGCUUUUAGGGUACUUUGUGAAGACAGAAACUUGGUGUCAUGUCUACCUGCCAACACUGAGCACAUCAUCGGGAGCUCUACUGGUGCUAGCUUCUAUGAUUGGUGGGAGCCCAAGGAUUGAAAUGAGUCCAUGUUUACCACAAUUGGCUGAUGCAUUAGCUUCUCCGGACAUUCGACACGCAGUGAAUUCUCUGUGCCAGUUCUGGCUAGCCACCAGUGUUGAGUCUCUACUGAUGGUCUGUGGAGAUGAUUGUGUUAACAUCAGCUACCAGUUGUUCAUCACUCUCAUUACUAUACAAGGACUAGCAGAGGGGGAUGAAAAGAUUUUACAUCAAGUGAGUAGAUGUCUGUCGAGGCUUGCAGAUGUUCAUAAGGUUGAGAAUGUACACAAGCUAUACGAAUUUCACUCGAAACACCUACUCCAACAUUUGGAAACAUCCCAUCAAUUAUGGACUGUACAUAGUCCCGAAUGGGCAGUUUUUCAUACACUUCUUAGUAACGGAGGACCUGCUUUAGAGAACCUUGCCGAAGAAUGGAUGCCCAUGGUGUUAGCUAACCUGCAUCCCAGUAAAGACCCCAGUCUUCGACUCAAGUUGUUCUCCCUUUCCUCCACCCUGUUCUCUGCUGGUCUGAACUCUCAAGGGUACCUUGCUGCACACUUGGAGACAUUCUUGAAAGAUGGAAUCAUGGCCAAUCUCGUGUGGCGUGCUGGUAGGACAGAAAGUGCAAUGAGGACAGCUACAGUUUCCUGUCUGUGGGCUUUAGUGCAAGCUGAUAAGUUAGAAUCUAAAACUGUAGCUUCACAGCUUCCUCAGUUGCUGGCCCUGUUGAUGUCGCUAUUAGAUGAUGAUUCUACGUCAACAAGACUCAUCACGUGUAAGGUGCUGUCUCGAAUACUUCCAGCCGUGGCUGCAUCACUCGAUGAUCUUCAGAAACUCCACGAGCUCUACCCUGCUCUGCUCAAGCGAAUGGACGAUGUGCGAAAUGAUAUCAGAAUAGCUGCCAUGAAAGUGUUUCCAGUGUACUUCCGAAGUUUUCCUUCAGGAUAUAAUCCCACACUGUAUGCUGCCCACAUAAGAGAAAUCUAUCAGGGCUUGUUAGUACAUUUAGAUGACCCAGAGGUCAAGAUACAAGACAAUGUAUUAGAGCUCCUGAAAGAAAUCUCCACUGUAUCAUCUUCAGUUUUACUGAUGGAAACGAAAAAAGCACAACCUAUGCAUCGGGAUCCUUCUUACUGCAAAACACUAAUAAAGUAUUUAGAACACUUGCAACUCAACCAAGAUGAGCCAAAUUAAAACACAAAGCUUCAGGUAGAAAAUACUGUAGUUUACAUUGUCAUAUUUAAUAAAACUAAGUUACAGAAAGUU